AUGAGCUGGGCGGUUGCACCAGCUACCCGCCAUGCCAUGGCUACACAUCCUCGAUCGGCGUAUUUCUUUCAUCUCGCCACUAAUGCUCUGAUCAUGAACCCUACCAAAUCCCUGAAGUCUCACAUUCUGGAGAAGGGCCGUCUUGAAGACUUGAUGUUGAAGGAUGUGCCCAUUGUGCCGCCAGAUAGUAUUAUCAAGACAUUUGCGCACCAAAAGGAAACGAAUGUGGACCUUAUCCUCACCCAAGACAGCGAAGAUUUGAAUCCCGGCAGCUUUAUCUUGAGGAAUGGAGACUUUGCCCGCUUCUUCCUGGACGUCUGGUUUGACCCGCUUUACCGCAACUACAACUUUGCUAAGGCGGAGACUCAUGGACUGGAUCACAUUAUGCAGUGGCACCCGACUGUCCUUGCUCGGACCGCCCUGGUCCCUCAGCGCAUUUUGAGCUCAUAUAGCAGUGAUUCUCCGGGUGCUUCUUUGGAUGGUACAUACAAGGAUGGUGACCUCGUUAUCCAAUUCCAUGGGUGCGACGAUGCGGAGGGCCGGGACUGUGCACGCGAACUAGAGCCAUACUAUAAGCUAUGGGAGAAGAAGACACAGAGCGAUUAA